AUGUCUGCUGGUUCUGUGUCCUCUAAUUCUACUGCUGGUUCAGCAAAUGGUUCGAUUCAAGUCCCUGGGGCUACUGCGGCUGGUCGUUCUGUUACGCUGGAAGAUUUCGAUCUCAAUCCUUCUAUGGAUGGUCUUACCGAGGUUCUGUCUCAAGACGGUCAAGUGCUUGAUGAAGACGAAUUGAUGGCUGAACUUGGUGGUGGUUCUUCGGCUUUGUCUGCGUUUGAGCCUCUGGAGAGUGUGAGUGGAGAGGUUGGAUCUGGGGGGAAGUCCGCAGCUGAGCCAUUGAGUGAGGCGAUGGAAGCAAGUGAAGAAGCUUCAUUAGAGCAUGCGUUGAAGGCAUUACGUGAAGAAAAUGCGAAAUUGUUGAAGGUGGUAGCAACGGCACCUACUGCGAGAGAGCGUCAUGAGGCUUUGCGAGUGAUUAGCAGCAAUAAGGAUGCGAUUGUGGAAUUGCGUAGCUAUCGGGAUGUGGUCAAGCCCAAGACAAGUGCGAUGAGUCGUGGAAUGAUGCGUAGUGAAAAUUUGGCUCUGAAUCGUCGCGAUUUACCCAAAUUCCAGUUGGCUUCUGCAGCGGUGAAGGCUUUUCCCAACGAAGAAGUGUUUGAGAGCGUAGAUCAUUACUUGCGUACUUUUGAGAGCAUCUUGAAUUCAUCAUCGUUGGACUUGGAAGCGCAGUGGGCCAAGUUACUUCCGUUGUGUAUGCCCAAUGGGGAUCGUGCGUGGGUCGACAAGACUUUGUUGAAGUGCAGCUCGUGGUGGGAAGCGAAGCAAGUGUUCUCUAGACGCUUUGGGUCUGCAGUGAUUACUCGUCGCAAUACGGAUUUAGUGUUUACGAUGGUGAUGAGUGCGUCUGAAUCCAUUAUGGAUUACUCGUGUCGAUUCCAGCAAGCAGUGUACAAUGCGGGCCUCCAGUUGGAUGAUCCAAGAGUGGCUGAUCGCUUCAUGGCGUCGUUAAUCUUGCCGGUACAAACGGCUGUGCGCAUUACCUUGGUGAGAGAACAAGGCACUGAGUCGUGGACAGUGGAUCGAAUUACCCAAGUGGCGCGCGAUGUGUUGGGAGAUGACAACCGUUUCUAUGCGCAUGCAACAGCUUUGCUGCCAGGUGCUGCGGUGAAUGAGGUGGGUUCUGCGAGUGAGGAUCGUCAAGAGCGUCGUGGGUACCAAAGAUCGUCAAGAGGGAUGUCAUCAAGUGGAAGACGUAACUAUGGAGGGUUCAAGCGAGUGGAGAGUAGUGGUGGAACCAAGAAGUAUCAUUGUAAGCAGCAUGGUCCGAAUGAUUCCCAUGGAUCUAAGGAGUGUCAGUUUUUGAAGUUCGAGAAGGCCAGGAGUGAAGGCAAAUGCGUGAAGUGUUGGAAGCCUUUUGAAAGAGGACAUGAUUGCGGCACUCGUCGUCCUCCUGGGGUUGGUCCGUCCAACACGGCUCUGAAUCAUGAGGUCUUCGCGGCAAGUGUGGUUACCAAGGACAAUGAGUCGUCGUCCUCGCCAGGGGCAUCAGCUUCGAGGGAUGCCAAUGCAGACGAUGCCAAUAGUGUCGCUGAUCAAGAUCAGCUGAUGAGUGAGUUGGCUUUCCAAUGUAAGUUGCCUAGUGUGAAUGUGAACAAAGCAGAAACUAAUUACUUUGCGUUGUUGACCCCGUUGUUGAUAUGUGUAGAAUCUAAGAAUAUCAAGGUCAUUGGCAAGGUGGACACCGGGUCCCAAAUUAGUUGUAUUAGUUUGAAGUUUCUAAUAAAUGUGCUUAAGAUCAAAAAAGUGAGAAAAGUUGAUGGGUACCUGAAAUUUUUAUCCAAGUCUGUGAAGCGAGUGGCAAUGACAUUUCCAUUGAAAUUUAAAUAUGCUAAUGGCAUUGUAUUUGAACAUGCAUUAGAAGUGGUUCCGUUUGAGCAAGGGUUGGACUUUGAUGUCCUGUUGGGAGUGGAUGUGUUGCCAAAGAUGAAUAUUGGGCUUACUGGUGUGGCGUUUCGCAUCGACAGUGAGCAUCAGCAUUCAGAUGCUACAGAACAUAAUGAAAGAAUGUUUGAGAAUAUCAAUUUGGACUUUGAGGGCAAACAUUUAGAGGCGGAUAACUCACCUGCGGGUACUGAGGAAGAGCGUCAGGAGUUUAAGACAUAUAUGAGCGAAGCCUUAAAGAGAAAUGAAGAGAUACCUAUCGAGUCGUGUUGUCCAUUGCCAGAAGCUAUAGUGAAAUUACCUACAAAAGAAGGAGCGACGGCGCAUCGUCGUCCCUAUCCGAUUGCUGAGUCGUUGAAGCCUGUAGUAGAGAGACAAAUUCAAAAGUGGUUGGAUACCAAGACGAUCGGACGUUCGAGAAUCAAUUCGUCCUUUAAUAGCCCUUUGCUGGUGGUACCAAAGCGUGACAAGUUGGGAAAUGUAGUGGAUCAUCGUGUGUGUCUGGAUGUGCGUUUGUUGAAUAGUAUUUUGCCACCUCCCUACAAUUUCCCAAUUCCUUUAGUAAAAGACAUCUUUGAGAACUUGAGUGGUAUGAAGUAUUUUGGGACCACGGAUUUGAAGGAUGCUUACCACAGAUUUCCUAUUGAAAAAGAGAGCCAAUUUAAAUGUAGCUUUAGUUUUAACGGCCAAGGAUAUUAUUUCUUGAAGGCUUGUUUUGGAUUAUGCCAGCUGCCAAGCCAGUAUCAAUUUACACUAUCUACGUUGCUAGCAGGAUUGCAACAAGUGCGUGACGAGUCAGGACGAGUGGUAUCUACUACGCAGAAUUUUCUAGACGAUAUCAUUAUCGCUGGCGUGGAUUUUGAGCAUUACAAGGUAGCCGUAAAAACGGUGAUUGAUCGGCUUACAGAGGCAAAAUUGAUUUUACAGCCGAGCAAGUGCCAUUUUAUGCAGAGAAAGGUGCGGUUGUUAGGCUUUGUGGUCGAUGAAAAGGGCAUCCGAGUAGACAAAUCCAAAUGUACAAAUGUGGCGAAUUGGCCUGUACCCUCAACCAAGAAACAAGUGCAGCAGUUCAUGGGAUUAGUGAAUUAUUUGCGUUCACAUAUUCCAAUGAUCUAUAGAGUGGCGGCUCCGAUCACGGACCUCAUUAAAGACAACAAGAAUGUGAUGAAGCACUGGACGAAUCAACAUACAGAGUGUUUUGAGGCAAUUAAGAAGAUAUUGCAAGCGGAUUUGUUGAUCAAUUACCCAGAUUUCGACAAGGAAUUUAUUAUUGCGUGUGAUGCCAGUUUGUAUGGAGUAGCGGCUGUGAUUUACCAAGAAGAUGACAAGGGGCGUCAUAGGUAUGUGGGUUUUAUUUCAAGCACACUGAGUCCAGCGCAGCGUCGUUGGUCCACAACGAAGCGAGAAUUGUAUGCGAUUGUGUUGGCGUUGCGGAAGUUUCAAACGUACAUUUAUGGGCGUGCGUUCCGGGUACUGACAGAUCAUCGAGCAUUAGUGUAUUUGCAUUCUCAGAAAGUGGUAAACCCUAUGAUGGCUGGAUGGAUUGAGACUAUCCUAGAUUUUACAUUUGAAGUCGUGCAUUUACCAGGAGCAAUGAACAUUUUUCCGGAUUUAUUGAGCAGACUAUAUCCACCUGUGGAGAAUGAGAGUACGCAGUUAAUAGUGGAGGAAAGUGAAGAGCGUAGUCGGGAGAGACAUGAGCAAAAUCGCAAGAAUCGUGGUGCAAAAAAUAUGAUUAAGAAGAAGCGGUAUAGCAAAGAUCAAGCAGUAAAUAUCUUUGCCACACAAGUGAUUGAAAAUGCGAAGGAAGAUCUUGAUUACAUGACACCUCCUGAGGAAGAGCGAGAUGAGAUUUUACAAGAGAUUCACAUGUUUGGGCAUUAUGGCGCACAGGCGAUUGUGAGAGAAUUGCACUCGCAAGGGUUGCAUUGGGCUAAUGUGUAUGAAGAUGCUAAGAGGUUGGUCAGUAGCUGUCCAGAAUGUCAGAAGCACAAUAUUGCAAAGAGAGGGUGGCAUCCGCUCAAGAAUGUAGUUUCGCUUCAGCCGAUGUCGCAUGUGUCAGUGGAUUUGGGUGGCCCAAUGACGAUGACCUUUGAUGGAUAUGUGUAUAUAAUGGUUGUCACAGAUCUGUGUACCAAGUAUGUGAUUGUGCGCCCAUUAAAGUCGAAGGAAGCAACGAGCAUUGCUAGAGAAUUGAUUAAGGUGUUUGGGGAUUACUCAUUUCCUAUUAUUAUGCAGAGCGAUCAUGGUGGGGAAUUCGAGAAUCACUUGCUUCAGGCAAUCAGUGAGAACCUAGGUUUGCAGCGCAACUAUUCUACCCCAUACGCAGCCAGAGGUAAUGGGAGUGCGGAGGCGAGUGUGAAAAUUGUGAUGAAUACGCUGAGAAAAAUGUGUAACUCUAAUGCGCGAGAAUGGAGCGAUUACCUUCCAAUUGUGCAGCUUUGUUGUAAUCGUUACAUCAAGAAUAAGUCGAUGACUUCGCCGUUCUCGCUGAUGUUUGCCAGGCGAGUUACACUGCCAGAGGAUUAUGCCAACAAAGACAAAUACUUGAUCCCUAAGGAUAUCACGUCAGUAAAAGAGCUUGAAGAGCGUAUUGACUACAUGCACAAGGUGGUAUUUCCAGCGAUCAAUGAACGAGAGGCCAAGAUGAAUGCGAUUAUGCAGAAGAGGUUUAAUGACAAGCAUAUGCUCGUGGACAUUCCAGUGGGUGCUCAUGUGAUGGUAAAGAUACGUCAACGACCAAGCAAGUUGAGUCCCAUUUAUGAUGGUCCAUAUACGGUCAUUCGUAGAAAUCAAGGCGGGUCAUACGAGUUGAAGGAUGAAAUGAAUGAGAUUCUUCAUCGCAACUAUGUACCAUCCGAGCUAAAGGUGGUGAACAUAGAUGAAAAGGCCAUUGAUGAUGAGUAUUUCGAAAUUGAGGCGAUUCGAGAUCAUAGGGGCAAAGCAGCGAAUCGUGAGUAUCUCAUCAAAUGGAAGGGCUAUGGUGAACGCAUGUGUUCGUGGAUAACUGCAGAAGAUGUAUCGGAUCCCCAUAUUUUGCAAAGAUAUUGGCAAAAGCAUGUGCAGCUGCAGAAGCAAGAAGAAGGGCGCAUCCGAGAGCGAGUGGCUCAAAUGCCGAGUAAGCAACAGAGGAAACGCGCUGCCACUGGGGAAGCAGAUCAGGCGGGGGCUCCUCAAUCCCCAGCGAAGCGGCGUCGGGCCACUUAUGUUAGGAAGAAGACAGGAUAA